CAUACCUUUCGUACUCUACAUCCAACUUCUGUAUUAAGUUAAACGCGUUCAACUCAUUACAAAAUUUCGAGGAGUUGGCCUGCGUUUAGACAAUAGGCAAGCUACGACCGCUAGAGCGAAACCGUUGUUCGGGGCUGUCAUUACCACUCACAGACGCUUUUGUACCAUCGAGCCACACCUAACAACCACGCCCAAUUCUACAAUCAUCAUCGGUGCUUUUUCGACUUUUCUUUAUUGCGCAAGAUGAGGGAAGUCAAUUUCAGUAUCCCCAACGUCAAUAAGGCGUCGGUGGGCAUCACCACUGCCCUGUAUGAUCGUCGAGCUCUUGACUGCACUUCGACACUGCCUCUCAUUAACUCACUCAACCAUCUUGCCUACCUGACUACUUCAUCAGCACGCAUUCGCGACAUUCUAACGGUCGAUGGAGGCAUCGAGAGAUUAGUAUGUAUUCUAAAGCAGGGGCGGAGCAAAGACAUGAUGGACAUGUGGAAAUGGAAUCUCGCUUUCCAGUGUGUGGUUAACAUAGGAGUUCGCGGAACUGAGAACGUAAGGACUCGGGUUGUCGAGGCUGACAUGGUCCCCGUCAUCGCGACUAUACUUGACAACUACAUCAAAGUCAUCGAGAAGUGUCGCGAGAAGGCCGAAGAAGCCAAACAAAAGCAGAUCGCCGAUCAUCACCAGCGCCACCGAAGUCAUAGUCAUCGGGACCCUCCAUUUAAGUCAACUUUUACAAAUCGAGCCACACGUAUAGAUAUUGAGCAAAGAGCAUUCCGUCGACAGGCUCCUCCGCCGUCUAUCGACGUCACAGCCGCUUCCUUUGCAAGCACAUCGGCUGCUGCCGCCGCCGCCGCCGCAGGUCAAGGAAGUACUGAUGUUAUACCAGCUAUUCCAUCGUUUCCUGUUACAUCCCCUCCGGAUCGGCCGAAUCUCCCCAACCACCGUCAUCAUCAUCAUCACCACCACCAUCACCACCAUCAUCACCAUCACAGACAUGAAAGCCGUCAGAACAUUGCGUCUCCGUCGAGGCAGGUGAUUCAGCCUUUAGCUAGUGCGGUUCCGACAAUGGAGGCAGUUGAUGGUUUUAUUCGUCCCGUCCGAGACAUCGACCGACUUCCGUCUAUGGUGCCUGUUUUCCAUCCGGGUUUACCAUCACAGCCUACAUCCCCAACCACUCCUUUACCUCCGCCACAAAUCCAUUCCCCAACCGUUCGUCCAACUUCAGCUUUAGCACCAAAUUCACGACCCCGAAGGCGCCCUUCUAUACGUCACCAAAAUUCAACUACGGAUACAGAUGAUUUAAAUGCGACCGACAGUGUUCAAUCGGACGAAUCACAGGAUGCAGAGAUGUCGGGUACCGCCGAUAUCCCAGCCGCGGUUGGCUUCCAGGAUAUUGCCAUGGAGGAAGGGGAUAGUACUUUGGCUGGUGCGGCUCUUGACCUAGCGACACCAACCGUCUCCGAAAUUCCCGAUGCUGGGACGUUCAAUAUAACACACAGAGGUCCUAUGGAUGGUAGUCUUCCAAACAACCCACCGGCGCCUGGACCGACUAUGGGUCUUUCUCCUAACCGCCCUCUUAUGCCGACUCCCCAGCCUUCUCUUCCGAACCAUGCAAGUGUACCUCGUUACCUUUUAGACCGACCAACACCACCAAACCCACAGAUGUUAGCAGCAAUGCCAAGAGACGAAGACGUAUUGAUGUCCCUUCAACUACUCGCCUAUGUUUCGAAAUAUUGCAAUUUAAGGUCAUACUUUCAAAAGAGCCACUUAGUCCCAAGACUCCAAAUAGGCAAGGAGUUACAAUUACUUGAUGGGGAUAACGUGACAGUGGAGUCCUCGGGUCAACAGGAGUACGAGGAAGAAUAUCUAUUGCCCAAUGACUUCAACAUAUUUCCCCUGGUCGAGAAGUUUACGGUGCGAUAUCACAGCACUGACAUGCAAUACUGGGCGGGGGUUGUUAUGCGGAAUCUCUGCCGCAAGGACGAUACUCGAGGCGGCAUUCGACAGUGUGCCUAUUACCAAUGUGGUAAAUGGGAAGAAUUCACGCGACAAUUUGCUAAGUGCCGUCGUUGCCGCCGAACCAAGUACUGCAGCAAAGAGUGCCAGAAGAGUGCUUGGGCUUUCCAUCGUCAUUGGUGUGUUGCCGCGUCGCAAUGACCAUGCCCUCCGGUAUAACUUUUCACGUCAUUUUUCAUUUCGCAUGGCGUUCUUAGCAUAAUGUCUACUUGGUCGACUUGAUUCAUGAGUUGAAUUGCA